UCCGUCCGGGCGCAGCGGCCAGCGCCGACCAGACAGACAGGGUCCUCGUCACAAACACGCGCUCCCCUCGCCUCGUCGCGCCGAUCCAGCCCGGCGCUCGGCCCCGCCGGCGCGCGCAAUGGCCCUCGACACCGCCGCCGCCGACGCCGACGCGCCGCGCUCGCGCCCCGACGCCAGCGCCGCUGUGCACCCGCUCCUCUCCGACUCCACCUCCACGUCUGCGGCGGGGGAGACAGCGGAGGAGCUGGACGCCAGGUACGCCCCCUACGCGCGCCGGGACGCGUACGGGACCAUGGGCCGCGGCCCGCUGCCCGCGGCGCAGGCGGCGCGGCUGGCGCUGGCCGCCGCGUUGCUCCUCCCGCUCCGCUUCGUCGCCGGGAUGCUCGUGCUCCUGCUCUACUACUUGGUGUGCCGCGCCUGCACGCUGUUCGUGGAUGCGGACGAGGGCCGCCCGAGGCUGGCGGGGUGGAGGAGGAAGGCGGUGCUGCGGUCCGGGUGCGCGCUCUCCCGGGCGAUGCUCUUCGUCUUCGGCUUCUACUGGAUCCGCGAGACCCACAGGAGGCUCCCCAAUGCUGAGGAUGUAAAUCAGGACCAAUCUGAAGAAUCCCAAAGGCCAGGGGCAAUUGUAUCUAAUCAUGUGUCUUACGUGGAUAUUCUUUAUCACAUGUCAGCAUCCUUUCCAAGUUUUGUUGCUAAGGAGUCAGUGUCCAGGUUGCCACUUGUUGGUCUCAUAAGCAAUUGUCUUGGAUGCAUUUUUGUUCAACGAGAAUCGAAGUCUUCAGAUGCUAAAGGUGUUUCAGGUGCUGUAACUGAAAGGGUCCGAGAGGUUUGCCAAGAUAAGAAUACCCCAAUGAUGUUGUUGUUCCCUGAGGGAACUACCACAAAUGGGGAUUACCUUCUUCCAUUUAAGACCGGAGCCUUUCUUGCAAGUGCACCAGUGCAGCCAGUCAUUUUGAAAUACCCUUACAAGAGAUUUAGUCCAGCAUGGGAUUCCAUGGAUGGAGCACGUCAUGUGUUUUUGCUGCUCUGUCAAUUUGUAAAUCACAUGGAGGUGGUUCGGUUGCCUGUAUACUAUCCUUCUCAACAAGAAAAGGAAGAUCCUAAGCUCUACGCAAAUAACGUCAGAAAACUGAUAGCAACGGAGGGCAAUUUAAUUCUUUCUAAUCUUGGGCUGGCGGAGAAGCGCGUGUACCAUGCAGCACUGAAUGGUAGUAGUCUACCUGGUGCUAGUAGACAUCAGAAAGAUGAUUAAAAGACGUUGCGUCGCUUCUUUUGUAAACUGAAAGGUGAGGAGCAUUUAAAAUGUAACUGUGUGCGUGUUUUAUAUUUGUAAUGCGGCGCUUUCUUUGUUUGUUUGAGGAGCCUGUUGAAUACCCUCCUGAUAUACUACAUUGUACAAAAACAUUAGCCGUUAUAGUUUGAUAAGGUUCGUGCCCUCCUAUGAGGUCUUUCAAAUUUCGAGUGCUGCUGUUUUAUUCACCAGAUGACCAGAUCUGAAUCUUGUACUUGCCUUCUCUACAGUUUUAUGUGAUGUUAACUUGUGAAAUCUAAUUCAGAAACACUUGUUUGUGGUGGUCUGUCUUUA